AAAAUCUAAUUGACGAAAUAUAUUUGCAGAGAAACUGGCGAAAGGAGAGGCCGAGGUUCGCACGGCGGAGGACGAGGAUAAGGACGUGUGCCACGACGCGAAGAACGAUAAGGAGGAGGACGUGGGAGAGCAGGAGUACGUAAUGGAUAUCACGGAAAAUAUGAACGAGAGGAAGUUCAAAGUGCCGUCUUACAAAUAUUGCCGCCAGCAUCAGAUCGCUAUCGGUAAAUCCAUGGUGAAGGAAGUUCAGGGAUUCUACUGCGAGCGUUGCCGACGAUUCAUGCUCCUGACUGAAGACAUGAACGCUCACCUGCGCAGCAUCACCCACUAUCGCAACUUCGUGUCGGAGGUGAAGUCCUUAACGUCGAACACGACGGCUGCGGAGACGAAGGAGACCGAACAGGCCGAGAACGAGAAGAGCGUUGAGAUUAAGGACGAGUGCGACGGUAACUGGAAGCGCCGUAAGAUCGAUAACGGCAAGGACGAGGGGGCCGACACGCCUCCUCGCCUUGACAAGGAGGCGAUCGAGGAUAAGGUCGAUGCCGCGAACGUGGCGCCGAAGAAGUCGGACGGGGAGGAGAAAUACGAUCCGCUGGAAGCCGACGCUACCGAGUCGGAGGAGGAGGAGAAUCGCGAGACGGAGGUGAAGGUGGAGACUGCAACGGUCGCGGGCAACGCGGCUAACGUGCAAGACAAGAAAUUGCCGGUCGAGGAAGCGUGGGCGGAUAUAGACAACGACGACGACAUCGAGAUGAGCAAUUUGAUCGACGACGCGGACGAGAAGGAGCACGCGGAUCAUGAGAAGUCCAUGCAGAAGGUGGACCGUAAUCCGGGUCCUCAGGUAAAGUCGCCCAGGGGGGGUCGCGCGUACUCACGCGGCCGCGGUGGUCCGCGCGCCAGGAGAUCCCGGCGAUAAGGAGGUAAUUGCGAUUCACGGAACAGCGGCAAGCACCGAAAGUAAAAAAACGCAGGAAUAAAAUGUAUCAAAACGAAAAAAAAUUCAAUUACACUUUUAUUCGAAGUUUUAACGAAUUAAGAAUGAAAUACGUUUUCAUCAUCCAAGCGUAUGUAGAAUGCUUGUGUAAUAUUACUAAUAGUAUAUGUGUAUUACACGUAUUCUUAUCUGUGAGUGUGUAUUAUCUUACAAUUCAGUAUCGUGUACUGUGAUGAGAAGGAAGAGCGGCGAGCGUUUUUAUACGAUAAUAUGGACAUUUUUAGUCACCCAUCGCGCACUUUUAUCUUCCGUGUCUCUCGACGAUGAAAUUGAAGUAUAUACAUAUAUAAUUUAACGUAUCUACGCGAUUGUAAAAUAAGUAACGUUGAUUUUGGACAACAAAAAUGAUGAAUGAAGCAUGGCUCCACUCUGAAGCCAAAACUGAUGAUCGAUAUCUUGUUCUUUACACAUAAUCGUAUAAAUAUUUUAACGAUUCUAUUGCUCGAUACGCCUCACAUUAGGAUUAAAGCAAUUAGAUUUUUUGUUAAAACAAAUGUAAAAAAAA